GUGGUCAGAUAUGUUUGGCACAUGCUCUCAGCAACUUCAAGACUUCGAGUUUGUAAAUAUUGGUGCAAAACAAAACAGCUUUUCUACCUCCAAGAGAAUCAAUUGCGGAUAAUAAUGAUAACAAAAGGUCUGGUCAGAAACCAAUAGUAGUAUCAGUUGUGUAGUGCAGUUGCAGAUAAGAUUGCUCAGUAGUGCAAGCAAAUUGAUGAGCUUUCAACAAUGACAACACAAAAUCUCACCCAUUUCAGGUAAUGGUGAAUUAGAGACAAUUUGGUUUGGAGCUGAAGUGAUGAUGAUAAGAGUUUCCUUGUCACAUUGAUGAGGUAAAACUUUCCCUCCCUAGCUACCACCUUUUUGACAUUUUGGCAACCAUUUACAAAUUGAGCAUAGAGGAAAGAGCUGAAAUUGUCAACUUUUUUCCUAAAAGGUUCCUUUGGCUUCCCACCCUACAAAAUACCCUUUUAGUUUAUGAAAACUCUUCUAACUUGCCAUGUCACAAUCUGUAGUUUAUGACACAAAAAAGUGCAGAUUGAACAAAACUUGAGGUAUUUGACUGAAGUUUUUCGCAUAGAUCUAAGUAUCUUCUUUCAUCAGUUCUUGCAUAUAUUUUUGGCCUUGAAGCAGUAAGUAUAUUCUGAGUCAGUGAUGAUGGAGAAAGCAUAUAAGCAUCAAAUUUGUUCCAAGCUGUGUGCCAAUUUCAGCACUUUCCCACCAAUCAUUAUUGUUCUUCUUCUGGUCUCAUUUUAUUUUUUCUUUUCAAUUUCUAAAUCCUUCCCUUUCCUUCUUACAAUACCAAUUGCUCUUCUAUCCACCAUGUUUCUUGUCGCACUGACAAAGAAAAAAGGGUAUCAAGAUGAGAAGCAGAAAGAGGAGCUACACCCUUCACUAGAAGUUACUCAUACUGAGGUAAACCAACAAAGUGAACCUGAUGAGAAUCUUGAACAGCAAGCGGAAGCACAUUCAGACUAUUCAUUUCCAACUGAUAGUGAAAGCUGCAAUUUUUCUAUCAUGGAUGAAACUUUUGAGCUCAAUGUUCAAGAGCAUAGGCUGCAAGAAGAUAUGCAGUCAGAUUAUUCACUUCCAUCAGAUAGUGAAAGCAGUGAUGACUCAAUAAUGGGGGAAAGUUUUGAGAUGGAUCACAUUGGAAAUCAAAAUGAGGAUAUUAUUUCUGAAAGCUUGAAUUCUGAUGAUGAUUAUGAGGAGGAUGAGGAUGAGGAGGAAGAGGAUACCUUGAUUGAAAUUAACCUUCCAAGCAGCCACUUUCCUGACUUGAUUGAAGAUCCUAAGCAAAAAUUGCAAACCAAGUUGCCAGAUUUCCUGCCAGAUUCCAUUUUCAAGCAGCAAGGCCUAAUGGAGCUCUUAGAAGAAAUCAAUGACAUGAAUGAGGAUGAAAACUUAAUUGAGAUUGAUAUUUCCAUGGGAUCUAUCAAUAAUCCAGAUUUCAGAUUGAAGCAGGAGUUGGCAUAUUUUCAAGAUGAAUGUGUUCUUAGUGAUUGAUGUAUUUUAACUCCUUUUCUUCUUGAUGUUGAGGAAGAUUUUGUGCUCACCAAUAUUAACUUGCCAUUUUGAUUCAAUGGACUUGCUAAUGGCAAGACUAUGUUUGUGUUCCUUAUCAUUCUCAAGUCCAAAUUAAACUACAGCCAAUCUAAUUUAGCAUAUGC